UUGGUACAUCUCAAAAACUCGGGAAUCCUCCAUUCGUUGGUGUAAUUGGGAGCUGUUAUGGCAUCAUUUGAGGACUACGAUGAGUUCGGAAACUAUAUCGGAGCUGACCUUGGCUCGGAUGAUGAGGACGUCGAUGUUGCCGCCCCCUCCGCGUCUGUGCCCCAGCAGCCAUUGGAAGGGUUUAUGGAAGAGGAUGAACCUGAGGAUAACUCGGGAGCAUUAAUGGAGAUAGACGAUGGGCCCCAACCGAGUGCUGUGAUCUUACACGAGCACAAAAAGUACUACCCAACAGCAGAGGAGGUCUAUGGAGAAGACGUUGAAGCCAUCGUCCAGGAAGAGGACGCGCAGCCUCUUAGCGAGCCUAUCAUUGCGCCGAUCAAGGUGCGACGAUGGGCAGUUCAGGAGAAGGAUCUGCCGGAGACACGCUAUGACAAAAGCUUUAUGCUAAGCCUGUUGCAGUUUCCGAACAUGGCUCGGAACGUUGCUGUUGUUGGUCAUCUCCAUCAUGGAAAGACCGCGCUCAUGGACAUGCUCGUGUUUGAGACCCAUAGAAUGGACUGGGAUUCCGAUAAGCAGCUGCGAUACACCGACAUCCACCCACUCUCAAUUGAUCGUGGCAUUUCCUUAAAAUCCUGUCCCAUGAGCUUCGUUCUGAAAUCAUCGAAAGAAAAGUCUCAUCUCUUCAACUUUAUUGAUACACCUGGACACGUUACCUUUGUUGACGAAGUAGCGUCAGCCAUACGGCUAGUGGACGGAAUCGUUCUUGUAGUUGAUGUUGUUGAAGGCGCAAUGGCGAAUACAGAAUCCAUUGUUCGUCAUGCCGUAGCCCAAGGAGUCGCUAUCACUCUCGUAGUCAACAAAAUCGACAGGCUAAUCCUCGAGCUUCGCAUACCGCCAUCCGAUGCUUAUUACAAGAUUAAGGCCACUAUCGAGGAGGUAAAUUCCAUCAUCGGGGCCAUUAGUCCGGACCCUGAGCUUAGGCUUAGUCCCGAACGAGGGAAUGUCGCAUUCGCCAGCUCAGACAUGGGUUAUUGCUUUACGCUGAGAAGUUUUGCGGAUAUGUAUGCUCAAACCUACGGUUCCGUCGACACAAAAGAAUUUGCUCUCCGACUAUGGGGAGACAUUUAUUUCGAUUCUGAUACCCGCAAAUUCACCCGGCAGCAAUCGGACCUAGAGGAUAAACGCUCGUUCGUGCAGUUUAUUUUGGAGCCACUGUAUAAGCUUUAUACACAGACGUUAAGCGAGGAUUCGAGGUCGCUGGCAGCAACGCUCGGAGAACUGGGGAUAGAACUGAAGCCUAUUAUGUAUAAGAUGGACGUGCGGCCACUUCUCAAAGCCGUCCUAGAUCAGUUCUUCGGACGCUCUGUGGGUCUGGUCGACAUGCUGCUUGAAUGGAUACCGAACGCGGAGGAGGCCACCAGAACGAAGGUGGAGCGAACAUAUACUGGCUCUCUAACUUCAGAUGUCUCUGAAUCGAUGCUGGCAUGCGACCCGAGCGGCCCGACAGUAGUCCAUGUCACUAAACUUUAUCAUACAUCCGAUGCCCAAGACUUCCGUGCCUUUGGUCGUGUCAUUAGCGGAACCGUGAAGAAGGGUAUGUCAGUAAAGGUACUUGGCGAAGGCUACUCGCCAGAGGACGAGGAAGACAUGGUUAAGGUGGAGGUAGAAGACAUCUGGAUUGCUGAAGCCAGGUACAACAUUCAAGUGCCAGAAGUGCCAGCGGGGAACCUCGUUCUGCUUGGUGGAAUUUCCGCCUCCAUAACUAAGACUGCCACCAUCGUUUCCACCGAUAUCCCUGAACCCUACAUUUUCCGGCCUAUCUCCCACAUCACCCAGUCGGUACUGAAAAUUGCCGUAGAACCUAUUGCGCCCAGCGAACUCCCUAAGAUGUUGUCCGGUCUCCGAUCAGUCAACAAGUCAUACCCGCUUCUAUCGACUAAAGUUGAGGAAAGCGGAGAGCACGUUAUUUUAGGUACUGGAGAAUUGUAUCUAGAUUCCGUCAUGCACGACUUGCGACGUUUGUUUUCGGAGAUUGAGAUCAAGGUGUCAGAUCCCGUUACGAAGUUUUGCGAAACUAUCGUCGAGACUAGCGUUCUCAGGUGUUAUGCGGAGACCCCGAACAAAAGGAACAAAAUUACCAUGAUUGCCGAACCCCUUGAGCGGGGUGUUGCAGAGGAUAUCGAAUCAGGCAAGGUCACGAUACGUAUGCCCGCAAAAGAACGAGCCAAGUACUUCGAAGAACGUUUCCAAUGGGAUAUUCUUGCCGCUCGCUCAAUUUGGGCCUUUGGCCCAGACGACAACGGGCCCAACGUGCUGUUGGACGACACCUUACCCGCUCAAGUGGACAAGAAAUUGCUUGGCACUGUGAAGGAACAUAUCAAGCAAGGGUUUCAAUGGGGCGCCCGCGAGGGGCCAUUGUGCGACGAACCGAUACGAAAUGUCAAAUUCCGAGUUCUCGAUGCAUCCUUAGCCCAAGAACCAAUUUACAGAGGCGGCGGUCAAAUAGUGCCAACAGCGCGACGCGUUUGCUAUUCUUCUUUCUUGAUGGCUACCCCGCGACUUAUGGAGCCGGUCUACUACGUUGAGGUGCAAGCCCCGGCUGACUGUGUCUCUGCUGUGUAUACCGUAUUAGCACGCCGCCGGGGGCAUGUCACGCAGGAUAUAGCAAAACCUGGCUCCCCUCUGUAUACCGUAAAAGCCUUGAUUCCCGCUAUGGAUGCAAAUGGAUUCGAGACUGACCUCAGGACAGCCACCCAGGGUCAGGCAUUCUGUCAACAGAUGUUUGACCACUGGGCAAUCGUCCCGGGUGAUCCAACCGAUAGCUCGAUACCGUUAAGACCACUCGAACCUGCAUCUGGGCAGGCUUUAGCUCGAGAUUUCGUUUUGAAGACAAGAAGACGGAAAGGGCUUGGUGACCAGAUUGCAGUCUCGAAGUAUCUUGAUGACGAGUUCGUGCUUGCUCUUACAGCGUCUGGAAAUGCGGACCUACUGGGGCAAUAGAUCUUAUGGAGGUGUGCAUGCUCAUACAAUGCAGUUUUACUUGUAACGUGCAAAUAUUUAAACCAGCUCAGCCGUGUUACUGCCACGUUCACCCAGCCCUGUAUCAAUUUACAAUUAGGUGAUUGAUGAGAUUCUGGAAGGGAAUGGACUAGGUUGCCUUGUGUUCAAGCAAGGACAUGCGACUAGGUGUUUGAAUGCUGGGCCAGGCGCGAUGAUGAAUGGUCAAUAAUGAACAUUAGGAUCUUGGACGGAGAGGGCCAUUGUAGUACCAAUGGAUACGACGGCAUCAACAGUGAGCGAUGAGAUGAAUGGGGAUCAACAUGUGUCUUGAUGAAACCCCACAUGGGAUGGAGGAGCGAACCACAUAAAAAUUCAAACA